AUGACUCUCCUCCGCCCCGUAGUCACCCGCAUCUCCUCCACCCGUGCCUUCUCCAGCACCUCGGCCGCCCGAGCAUCCCCACUCUUCCACCUCUCCGCUCUUUCCAACCGCAAUGAAACGGCGCAUUUUAAUCAGCUUUCCCGCCUCAAUCGGGUCAAUCAUUCGCCCGCCUUGGAGUUGAUCCGAGAGAGCGAAGUCAAGCCGUUUACGAAGAAAGAUGCCGAGACGCAAGAACAUGAACAUGAGCAAGAACAUUCUGCUGCAGUCCACAACACACGAAAGGAGCCCGAGGUGUUGACCUCCAGAACGGCAGCAACUCCUUCUUCAACUCCCAUCCUGCAGCUCGCAUCUCAUUCCUCAUCUCCCUCUCCGCCCGUCGACAUAGCAAUGCUGCAGACGCUCCAACAAAUGUCCACCCAACUCGCCAAUCUCGAAGCACGCCUGGUGGAGAUGGGCAUGGAGACGGAAAAGGAUGUCCGACGAACGGGAGCACUCGUUACGGUCCUCGUCUUUGGAGCCGUGGCUGGGCUCGGAGUCUGGAAAUUCUGGCCGCCGGAGAGUGUGAGAGAGGAUGCUUUCGCGAGGAAGCAUGUUCAGGAACGGAGCAGGAUUCUGCCGGCUGACGUCGUGGCUCAUCAUCACCCUGCGACGAGUGUGGGCGCCGCGAUGGGGGAGCCGGCUAUCUUCCCUACGCAGCAUUCGGUUGUUGCUUCGCCUGUUGCGGCGGUGCGGGUUGAGCAGAGGGAAGGGAGUUCCUGGAAGAAUUUGUUGUGGAAGAAGGAUUGA